GGGGUGGUCACAGCAGCAGGGCCAUAGCAGGACACCCCUGGCUCUGGGGUCUCACUGGGUGGGGAGGAAAGGUCCUGUUACACUCAUUGCUCUGGUUCACAUCCCCUCUCCUUCCCAGGGACCUGAUGGCACAGCCUGAGCCCCCUCCAGAGCUGCAGCUGGAUGAAGCCGGAGCAUCCCCAGCCCCACAGGGAGCAGCUGAAGGAGCUGCUCCACACCCAGAAUGUCUUCACACCCCAUCGGAGCCAGCAGGGAACAGAUCUAAACCCCUGCACAGGAGCAGCCCAGACUCCAGCCGGGAUCUGCAGGAUGCCAGCAGGGAUCCUUGCUUGGAGAUAAACACACCAGGGACCCAGCUGGAUGUGGAUGGGGCAGGAGUCCCUCUGGAUGUGGAUGGGGCAGGAGUCCCACUGGAUGUGGAUGGGGCAGGAAUCCCACUGGAUGUGGAUGCAGGUGGGACAGGAAUCCCACUGGACAUGGAUGCAGAUGGAGUAGAGAUUCCACUGGAGGUGGAUGCGCGUGGGACAGGGAUCCCAGUGGAUGUGGGUGCGGCAGGAGUCCCGCUGGACGUGGAUGAAGGUGGGACGGGGAUCCCACUGGCCAUGGACACAGACAGGGCAGGGAUCCCAGACAAUGCAGAUGGGGCAGGGAUCCCGCUGGAUAUGGACACAGAGGGAGCGGGCGGCCCUCUGGAUGCCGAUGCCACAGAGCACCAGUGCCUGACCCUGGAAGAGCUGGGGAAUUAUUUCCAGGAGUGCAUUGAGAUCGUGGAACAGCUGGAGAGGGAGAGGGACAGCCUGAUCGCCGAGCUGGCCCAGCUCCGGGAGCCGGCGCUGCAGGAGAUCCGCCAUGCCCACGAGGAGAUCCAGGCAGCCUGCAGGCUGCUGGCCAAGGUGGAGCUGGAGAGGGACAACCUGCGGGAUGAGAUUCGGCAGAUCAAGCAGAAACUCUUCAAGGUGACCAAGGAAUGCGUGGCCUGUCAGUACCAGCUGGAGAGCCGCCGGCACGACCUCUCCCAGCACGCCGUCUACCAGGGCGAGCUGGAGAGCCAGGCCGGGCAGCUCUCGGGGGAGCUGUCCCAGCUGAAGGAGACCUGCGAGAAGGAGAAGGAAGUCCUGAGGCAGCGCCUGGAGGCUCCGCCGUGCCGGCAGGACAACCUGUACCUCCAGGAGAGCCGCCGGCUUUCCGUGGAGUUCGAGAGCUUCGUGGCCGAGAGCCGGCGGGGGCUGGAGGAGCACUACGAGCCCCAGCUGCUGCGGCUGCUGGAGCGGCGCGAGGCCGGGGCCAAGGCGCUGCAGGAGAUGCAGGGAGAGAUCCAGGGCAUGAAGGAAGCCCUGAGGCCCUUGCAGGGUGAGGUCAGCCGGCUGAGGCUGCAGAACCGCAGCCUGGAGGAGCAGAUUGUCCUGGUCAAGCAAAAAAGGGAUGAGGAGGUCGGGCAGUACCGGGAGCAGGUGGAGGAGCUGGAGGACAGGCUGAAGGAGCUCAAGAACGGGGUUCAGCUCCAGCAGCGCAAGAACCAGGAGCUGGAGGAGCUCAGGACCAGCCUCCAUCGGGAGCUCUCCAUCUACAAGAGCUGCUUAGAAAUCUACGGCCACCUCUGCAAAUCAGAGGAAAAAGCAGACCAGGACUGUUAGAACCAUGGACUUUUCCUCUUUGUAGCAAAAACCCAUGGACAGAGGAUACAAGGGAUGUCUCCUCAUGCUGCUUUACCCUGCCUGAUGUGCAGCAGCUGCCCAGAGCUGGGAAUACCAGACAAUCCCUGGGUAUUUCCCCAGGUUCUGCUGCUGUUCUUGUAGCAAAACUGCUUUUCCCCAGAGGAGCAAACAAUCUUUGUACUGAACAAUGGAUAUGGAUGAGGAAUAACUGAUGGAUGUUUUGCUGUGUUUGGGAAAAUGUUAUCUUGCUCCAGAUUGUUUAAGCCUACACAGAAAGUUCUGGAAGCCAGUGUUAGGUGGGUGGGUUGCCUUUUAAAGUUUACAUGCAAGAGAAGUUUUCUCCUUUGAAGAGGAUUUUCUUUUGUAUUUCAAGAGUUUCUGCUGUACUGGGACGUGCUCCACAGAAAUGAGAUGGUGGGGAAGAGGCUUCUACUUCAUAUUGAGUCUCACACUGAAAAUAAAAGGUCAGAGUUUAAGGAGCCUUUUCACUCUCA